CUCCCCAGCCCUCCUUUUGCACCAGAACCGCCCUCCGGCAAACAUCCGCCGCGGGUUCCCGUCACAGCCUCCUGGGCUCCGGGGCUGGCCCGGGAAGAGGGCGGCUGCCAGCGCCAUGCAGCACGGCCCGGCGCCCGCCGCGCUCGUCACCACCAGGCAAAUUCAGAAUAAACACACGGGGCUGGAUUUGUCAGUGCCAGAAUACCAGGAAAUCCGUGGGAAGAUGAUGUCUGGCCACGUAGAGUAUCACAUCGUCGUUGUUACCCGCCUGGCUGCCUUCAAAUCUGCAAAGCACAAGCCUGAGGAUGUUGUUCAGUUUAUGGUCUCCAAGAAGUACAGCGAGAUAGAAGAGCUCUACCACAGACUGGCAGCCCGGUAUCCACAGGUUUCUCUUCCACCCUUGCCUAGAAAAGUUCUCUUCGUGGGGGAAUCCGACAUUUGGGAACGAAGAGCGAUGUUCAAUGACAUCAUGAAAUUCAUCUCAAAAGACGAGGAUCUAGCAAUAUGUCCUGAGUUACUGGAAUUUUUAGGGACAAAAUCUACCAGUGUCAUUGACUUCAAGGGUAAAAACAUCCCUGAUGACAAAGAGAAAGAAGAUGAAGAAAAUGAGGCAUUGGAUUUUUUCAAAGAGGAAAAGACACCUGACUUAAUUUCAGAGCUUGUAUCAGUGAAGGGUGCCAAAAAAUGUGAGAAGAAAGAAGAGGAAGAGGAGGAAGAAGAGGAAGAAGAUUUAGACCCUCUUGGUAUAAUCAGAACUAAAAAAACAAAGAAGGCAUCUGCUCCUCCAGCCAAGGAAGAGAAGCACAAAUUAACCAUUUUUGAAGAAGAAGUAGAUCCAGAUGAAGGACUGUUUGGACCAGAAAAAGAUUUCUCAUCAAUUGGUUCCAGGAAGAAGAUGAAAGAGAAUCUGAAAUUAUUUGAAGAUCCAGACCUUGGUGGAGUGGUAAGAUUGGGUGACUCACUACUGCUGCCAGCUGCCUGUGAGAAUAAGGAACAUGCGCUGAACAUAAGUCCUGAGGAGGACACCGAGGAACUGCUGAGGGUUGAAGAUGAUUUAGAAAAACUCUUGAAAGUAACCUCCAAACCGAAACCUAAGGUGCCAUCAAAACCACCGUUGCCUAAGAAACCAGCAGUUCUCCCCAGGAACACUAACACUAACACAUCUCCGCUGGCAAAGCCAAAGGAAGACAGAAUUCAAACAAUGAAUGAAGUGGACAUUCUCCAGUAUAUCCAGGAAAACGAAUCUCUCAGCAACCAAGAUACAAGUCUUUUCUGAACAUAGGCAUUUUUAAAAUGCAAUCACACCUUCUUGGCCCAAAUUCCCUGUGAGCUCAAGUGACGAUAGCAAGAAUUGGCCAGAUCUCUUUACUGUCAUGGUGCUCGUUUGUAUGCCACGAUACAGAGGGCAGCAUGUUUGACUAGCACAGGCACAAUAUGAUGUUUUUAAAACAGUGUAGUUAUGGUAUAUAGUUGCCUUAUCUUUUCAGGGCCUUACAGGAAUAUGGACAAAGACAUAGCGCUACAGAUUAUGUCUACUAAUAUUUUAGUUUCAGAAUACUAAAGUUUGGGCCAGCUUUGACCUGACUGUAAAUGACAAGCGUGUUGCACACAUGGCGGGUAUGAGUAGCAUCCAACAAAUGGUCUGAAGCAGGACAGGAUGCUUUUCCUGUCAUUUUAAACAAUGCAUUUCAGCUUACUGGAAAGAUGAUUUUCAUUUUGUUCUGUGAACUUUUAUAGCAGCUUUUUCCUCUCUGUCUGUUAUUGCAGUAACUUAUAAACAGUGACUGUUAAGUAUAGGUAACAGUUCUUCUGUAGUUCAGAGAAAUACUGAAAUCACAGCUAAGCCUAACUGUUUUGCUGGCUUUGUUGCACAAAUGCUGACUUGUAGGAGAACUUGUAGGCCUGCAAACACUAGACGUUGUGUGUCUCUGGCCCCUGGGGGAGAUAGCAAAUGACUGAAGAUGGUUCAGGGUACAGCUCCAGACAUACACAGAAGUUUCAGUGUGUAAGAGGUUUGGAUGCUGUAGGACUCUUGUGAACAUACACAAGAUACAAAAGGGCUAUUUUUUUCCAGGCAAGUCUUCCUAGACUUCUGCUGCAGUUAGUGGAGAGAAAAAGAUUUCUGCAGAAAUUGAGUCAGUGCAGGUGUCCUAAUGGAUGAACUCUUAAUCGCUCUCUGGAGUCAGUCUCUCUCAUUUCCUUCCCUUCUUCCAUAAAUUAAAGAAGGAUCCAUGGCGAUUAAUCCCACUACAUUCAGAUGAGCUUUUACAUAAACAAUGGUCUAUAGUAAGCCAUAUAAUAAGGGAGGGCAAAUUUGGGAUUAUCCAAAGGAAAAACAUAGGAAGAAAAUUUAGUAGAGAAAAUGUAAUAUGCAGAAAAAUAAGAACAAUGAACAGGCAUCCCAGACUACCCUCCCUUCUUCCCGACUCAGGCACUGUGGUUAAACACGCUGAAUUUACAUCUAAUGCAGGUUGAUAUCUGCUGUCAUGUGGAAAGAGAUUCCUCUGCUCAUAUAUAUACGUGUGUUAUAUCCAAAUGUGAAGACAAGCUCCCUAGAGGGAAAAUAUUAAUAUAUUUAAGCCAUAUCACUACCCUCAAAUUUGCCUUUCUAAUAUAGAGCAAUAUGAAUAGAAAGCCUUAUAUGUAUAUAUUUUAUUAAUGAAAUUAUUAGUAUUUCUUUUUAAGCCAAUGGAAAAUAUGAUAAUGGUAUUUUGGUUUGGUGGGACGAGUAAAAUAUAAUCAUUGGCACUCUAUGUAAAAUAUGUUUCAGGACAAUAAAAAUGUUUGCUAACCUGCAGGUGUUAUUAUUGUUCUCUAGGUUGUACAAUAGCAGCAGAUGGGAGUUAAAGGAUGGAGUCCAUGUUGUUAAAGUGCAAGCUCAGCUAAAGCCCCACGUUAAUGAGUAAGAAACCAUGAAUGUAGCUGCGCUCCUUUGAGAGAUUUCCUUUGAGAGCAGCUAAAGGUAAAACUAUAUAUGGGCAAAGGAAGUACCUGAUUCUGUCUGUUCUCACAGUGUCCUGGCGCAAUUAGGAAGCUUGUUUAUCCCAUCCUGCAGAAGGCACUGAGGAAAAAAUAAAUGACUUCCCAGAGACCUUGCAGAGAACAGCAGAUGAGAGCUGAACUGUUGAGCCUUCCUGCUGCACUACCUGAUGUCAUGAACUUAUAUUCAUGAACUAUAUGUUGUAUAUUUAACUGAGGGCUGUGGAAUGCUGAUCUCUACUGCAUGCAGCACUGCUCAGACAGCUGCUUGUAUGUCUGUGGUUUUGGCUUACAGCCUGGCACAUGGCCUGGACACCACUAAAACUACCACAUUAAGGGUCAUGGAUUUAACGACCAGCAGACUGAGUGAAGAUCUUUACCCUUAGUACACAACACUGGAAAACUCUUAAGAUUUCUUGAAGUAAAUUAGCAAAAUAAUAGAGGAACAGAGCUGGCAGGGGCUGUGAAGAUGAGUUUGUCCACCUCCUUGCCCUAAGCAGGAGCAUCUGGCCUGUGUCCUGCUGCUGGCUGUUCUUGCUGUCCAGGACAAGGUGUUCUUGGUGCAAGAGCUGGCAGAUGCCAGAGCAGGAUGUGGUGGCUGAACACAGGAUGGAGAGAUACCAUAUUAUUGGGCACCAUAUUAUUCUCUUGGUGGCAGUAAUUAUGCUCAGAUGUUAUCUCUCAUAGGCGUUUUUCUAACCUGCCUUUAAUAGUUUGUCUGGACAGCAGUGCUGGAGAUGUCACACCAUGGGAGUGAAAGGUUUUCUUACUGUCUGACAUAACUGUUCCUAACUGCUACUUAAUCUCGUAACUUCUAACUCUCUUCAGCACAGAAAGAGAACAAAAUACAUGCUUUUCAGCCUCAUUUCUAGACUGAGAACUCUGCCCUCUGAGGGAGGCAGCAAGACAGGUCAGGACAUCACUAUGGCACCAGCUUCUCACGACUUGGUGUGUCCCAGCUGAAUGCUGUCAUCUCACAUCGGAUUUCUCCCCUUUUUAGAACUGCUACAUAUUCACAUACCAAUUUACCAGAAGGAAUAAAGGAUGUCAGCGUCCCACAACCUUUUAUUAACACCACUUGGUGUGGCAACACUGUGUAGCCUUUGUUCCAGCUGGGACUAUGUUUCCCCUUAACCUUUCCUCACAGCAAUGGCAUCUGUCUGCCUUCUACCACCUCUAAGAGCUCUGCUCAGAAACUGCUCAGGCAGUGGGAGAGUGGAUGUUAUAUAUUACCAUUAAAUCAUGGGAACAUUCCCAGUAAUACUGAUGUAACAGCACCGUAGCUUUAUCCCUUUAAAACAGCCAAGGAAUACUUUGCCCUCAGCCUUCCCCCAAAAUUUUCAAAAUACCUAGACAACACGGGGAAGGAAGAGUUGUUAAUUGUUUCCUGUGGUAGAUUUUUAAGAUUAUUUAAAGGUCUGUUUUACUUCAGAAAAAUCUAUCUUUUCUGUCAAGGCACUAACGUAAAAGGAUCCUUCAUAAAUCCCACUGUUACACAUUUGUUUUACAAUGCAAAUGUCUAGCUCCAGUAAUAUUUAUAGGCACUUAGAGGUGAGUUACAGUCCUUGAAUAAAUUAUAUAUAAUGAAUCAUUAUUGUACAAGAGAAGAAUGUCAGGCAAAUGCAGCCCAGAAAAAUUGAACAUAUUAUUUGAAAUGACAUCAGGAAACCACACAACAUACUUUGCAUCCUGCCAGACCAGAGCUUUUUUUUUUUUUUUUUUUUUUCUGCAUACAUCACUCCUAGUAGCAGCUAUUUUAUUAGCCUCCUCUUGACAACUCUUGAAAUUCAAUUAUGGACUUUAAUGUAGUUCUUGGCUGACAGGCAUCACCUUUCGACAUUAAUAAUAGCUAGCUCAUCAGAAGAUUUGAAAAGCAGUAGAGUUAAAAUUAAACCCUUACAAAAGAUGUUUUCUUUAGUGAUUAGAACGUGUAAUAGGUAUCUCUACUGCUUUAGAAGCUGCUUCUUGUUUUGCAUAACCUUCUUCUGCCUGUGUGGUACAGCACUAAUUAACAUAUAACACCAUGUACUUCAUUAUUUAGGUCACAGUUAAAAUGCUGAUUUCGCCAAUUUGGGUAUUUCACAGACGAACUGUGGAUCAUCUGUUUAGAUCAGUUCUGUGCUAAAUUUUUAGGAAAGCUAAUUUGCACAUAGCACUUAAGGUCUAGUUUAGUCAGGGGCAAUUUGGGCUGGGUCUAAAAAAAAAUGUAUUAAUUGAAACUGAUACUUCUGCAUCUUUGCUGAGCUUGCUACAGUGAAAUAUGCAAGUCAGCACGUGAUUUAAGGUCCUGAAAACCCUGCAUGCUCAUGGGACACUUAGGCCACAGCUAAUGAAAAGAGACUCUAAAUGACCGAUCCCUGUGGUCAUUAGAUUUAAUAUAGAGUACAAAAGAGCACUGAUACUUCAUGUAAAUGUGUGACUGUCACUAAUCUGACUGAGGAUUCUAGAAUCUUUGUGCAUGUGUGCGUGUGUGUGCAUGCUCAUCAACCACAUUUCUUAUCUUAUUUGUGACCUUUUAAACCCUUAAGUCACAAAGAGGGAUGGUUUUCACUGUGAGGUGUUAUCUAUAAUCUCACUUUACAUUGUAACUUUAAAAACUGGACUCAAUGUAGUCAGUCGGUUGCUUUCUGUAUUGUACCGGUUCCUUAGUUCAUCUUUAAUCCCCUCGGAUCCAGUUGUUUAGCCCUCGUCAUAUUUCUGAUCUUCCUUUUUACCCUUCUGCAUACUACUCCUGUGAAACAAAUUGAACCUCGUGAGGAAUUCAGAUGAAGGGAAAUCAAGUGCCUUGUAUUUUUUGAAAACCAUCUGUAGGGUACGCUGCUUUGAGUAAAAAUACCAGCAGUGAAAGGUGGUGAUGGUAAAUUAAAUUAAUAGUCAAAUUAAGUACUGCUGUGGGAGUUCAGAAGUCAAUGAAGCUGCUUAAAGGAUUGAUUAGUCAUAGAUACUUAGGAACUAAGCGUUAUUCAUACCAGAGUGUUAUGGAUGCUAAAAAUUUAUACAGGGUCAAGGAGAUACUAGCUAGGCUCAUGGAAGAGGAAUCUAUCAAGGGUUAUUAAAGAUGCCUCUCAGCUCUUGGGAAGAUCUUGAGCUACAAGUUGCUGGAAGCAAGGAGAAUAUUGAACAAACAAAUAUUUUCAUAAAUAGUCAUCUGCUUUUGCUGUUGUGAAGAAUACCAUACUGGGCUAAUCCAAAAUUCAUACAGAGUGAGUCUGUCUCAGCCUUUCCUCAUAAGAGAUGCUCUGGUCCCCUAAUCAUCUUUGUAGACCUCUGCUGGACUCUCUCCAGUAUCUCCAUGUUACUCUUGUACUGGGGAGCCCAAAACUGGACGCAGCACUGCAGGUGAAGCCUCCUAAAGAGGGAGGAUUACCUCCCUUGACCUGCUGGCAGUGCUCUUCCUAAUGUCCCCCAGGAUCCCAUUGGCCUUCUUGGCCACCAGGGCACACUGCUGGCUCAUGGUCAACUUGUUGUCCACCAAGACUCCCAGGUCCUUCUCCACAGAGCUGCUCUCCAAGAGGUCAGCCCCCAGCCUGUACUGGUGCAUGGGAAUCCCUGAAGCCAGUGGAAGUUUUGGGGUGACUUUUUUGAAAGCCACGUUUGAUAUGUGGUGAGCAGUUGAAGUCUCAUUGGUAUCAGAGGAAGAUUUCAAACAUCCCUGAAUGCUCCUCCAUAUCCCAGCUUUAUAGGCAAUCUUAGUAGAUAUCAUCAUUUGCCUAGGAAGUCAAAAGUAAAAGAUUCCUCAAGGGUGAAUAAGCAACAAAAAACAUCACUAAAACCCCAGCAAAGUUCAGUGGAAUAACCCCUAAAUAGCCCAUCAAUGUUACGUUAUGCCCUUUUUCAGUGAGCUGCUUAGGAGCCUCAGAGUUUGACCAACCACAAAACACAAACAUAACCCACUGACCCCGGCUGCAUUAAAAGCCACCAUGGUUUGUUACCCUCCAGUGUAUUGUUUUUCCAGUUCCUAGGAAUCAUACUAUUAAAUACAGAGGUUUAAAACUGUGAAAUCCAUGGGGAAACAUUGAGGUCAUUGUGCCAUCUUCAUGUAGGAGUUUCACUCACCCAGGCAGAUCAGGAUGAUUUAUAAAAAACAUCAUCUUUUUAUUAUUAUUUUUUUGUAAAAUAUACAUACACAUAUAUAUAUGUAUAUAUAUAUGUCAGUUUCUUCUUAAACUCAUUACUCCCCUAACGUGAUUCAGCCGUUCUCUGCCGAGGGCAAUGGUUCUGUGCCGUUUAUGUCACCAAAGGGUUGCUUCCUGUGUCUGCCGGCAGAGUCAGACGCAGUCAAUCCUGACUGUCAGGAUCCCACGCAGAUCGUUAGAAGGCUGGUGAUGCUGAUGCUCUGGAGAAGACCUAGAGGGAUAGGACGUGACACCACUGUUCAAGCCCGAUGGGUUUGCAGAGCACCACUGAGAAUGGGAGAAAUAGGAACAGGAUGGAAGAAGGCAUCUGCUUGAUUUACACACACUGCUGCAGAGCUUUCACUUCCCUUGAAGGACCAGGGCUGUAAAGUUGAAAUGAACAAUUUGUUUUAUAGUCCUUUGGUGAGACGAGCCCCGUGGUUUUUCAAAUGAACAUAAAAGCAAACAAAAUAAAAUUACUAAAUUCCUGGGGUAUUUACUGAAACCUUUCCUUAUUUCUCUGCUAGUUUCUCUGUGCUUUUUAAGUUUAUCCAAGGGAUUUGUGCUAAUGAUCACAAACUUCUCAGACUAUUUUGUUUGUAAUAAUAGUUUAAGGCCACUGAUUUCACCUCAGAGGAGCUUAUAGAAAUGGUUCAGCUUAAUAGUGUCUGGGUAUGUUAACAAGCUUUUCUUGUGAACAAAAAUUAUCAUUUAUUUACCUUGAAUGUUGAGAAUCAUAAGUACCCAGUGCUUUCCCCCCUUAUGCAAUCAAAUCUGCAGGCUAGUAUAAUUUAUUUUCCUGCUUAUGUCUUCCUGUGUCUUGACCUUUAAUAGCUUGUAUAUUUAAUCUUGUGUGCAGUCCCUUGGAGGAAUUUCUUGUGUCCAGGACUGCUGGCUAAUUAUAGUUGUAAUGCCUUACCUAGAAAAAAAAAAAAAAAAGUAAUUCUACAUGGGAUGAUGUAGAAAAUUCAUCUUUUUCAUGAAUAAUGAAAAAGAAAUCUGAAGCCGUCCUCAUCAGUGGCUCAUUGUAGCUCAGGGGAGUGCUUUCAUUGCUGGUCUCCUGAUCUGCAUUUCCAGGGUGUUGGUUCCCAUCACAGAGCUGCCAUGGAGCCAGCUGGACACUUGGGGCCAGAGGACCCAACCAGAAGUGGAAAUAACUUCCCUCAGAUGUGUAGAUGAUGGCAGUGGGUGCUCACCAUCAGCUGUUUCACUUUGCAAACCUCUCCUGUUGUGCUGCCACGCACGCUGAUGUCGUCAGUGUACAUUUGGUGGUAAACUGAGCCCCAAAUCCAGCUGACAAUACCCUGCUACCUUCCACCUUUGCAGGAAGAGAUGGGACUGAUAGAGCAAAGAGAGGAAGGGGCAAAAUCCCAGGAAGGUUCAGGUGUGCCACGGGAUGCAUGUGCUGGAGUGGAUCUCAUGAUACCCGUCCCGUACCCUUAAUGUGACAGCUUAGCACUGCUGUCCCUGCUCUCCAGGCUGUAAAUGAGUUUUGCAUUAAGCAAACAUUGGCUGAACUGAAGGAACAGAGUCACACUGUGUGGGAGGGGAAGGGGGAGAGAACAAGCUCCCACAUCGCCUGCUCCCAAGGAGAUGUCCUUAUUAGUGGAGUUAUAAAAUCUGCUUCUCCCAAGAGUCCUGUUCCUUUCCAGUUUCGGCAGGGAAGAUAAAGCAUGUUUCCAGCACAGCCUUGCUUUCUGUUUGCUGGAGAAAUGGGAGACAGGGGUUCAAAAGUCCCUGAGGCUGAGAAAGGCAAAAGGCCCUCAUUUCUCCCCUCCUGGUGAGCAGCAAACAGCUAGAGUCCAGUGGCUCUUUAUUUGCCUGUGGAGUUAAGAAACUGGCUGAAGCUUUUGUGUCUGAUUUUUUAGCACUGGAUUGAGCAGACUCCCAGGGGAUAGUUGGUUACACACUGUGCAACCUUGCUGCAGUAUUGAUGUUGAACAUCCUACGAAAUAAAAAUUUCCUUAAGUGGUGUGACAGGAGACUGGCCCACUGCUGCUGCCUCCCAUUUCCAAGCUGGCAACACACAGACCAAGCUAGAUCAGUUAGCAGGGUGUUUGCAUGGCUGUGUCCAGAGCAGAAUUUUUGGCUGAGGACAAUGAGAAACAAGGCUAUUCUGAAAUGUGUUGCACUUACUAGAUUCACCAGCUCAGGUUUUCUCACAUUUGCAAGUCUGUGCAGCACACUCAGAUUUGCAGAGCAGCCAUGAGCUGUCCCAUUUCCUUUCAAUGCAAUCAUUAGCAGAUUGACUGCCUUUACCUUCAAGGCAGUAAUUACUGUAGGUGAAAUCUGCAAUGUUUGCAUUUAGUGUUUUUGUUUUGUUUUGUUUUGUUUUGAAUACAUUUCUGUUGUUUUUAACUUUUUCCGUUCUUCAUCACACCUGUCCUGCAAAUACCUGUAUAUUUAGCAGCUCUGUGAAAGAAAAUGAUAGAGAGUUUUUGGCUCAGCUCUAUGAUGAUAAGAGAAAGAUAAAAAUUUUAGGUUUAGUGAAAAUAAAAAUGUAGAACCAUUUCCCUAGAGCCAUGUUUGAAUAACAUCCCAUUUCUGAGAUCCCCCUUGGGAGCUGCACAGGGAAUCACUAGAGACCAGGAUGACAUCCCAGGAUAGCAGGUAGCUCGUGCUGGGCUGUGAAGGUGGCUCUGUUGGGCAGGGACACUUGGAAAUGUGCUGGACAAGAGUGACAGAGCGAGCACAGCACUGCGCCACCCAGCCCACGGGCAGGGGUGUUCUACAUGUGUCAGAGAUCUGCUGCCUCCCUGGCCUUUUCCAUAGCUAUUUUAAUAAGAGCCAUUUCACUAAAACAAUAGUCAUUUGUCUUAGACACUUCAGCAGGGAUUGGGAUUCAAGACUUUGGGGACAAUUAUAAGCUGCGUGUUUCUCUCUGUCUGAUAAUAUACAUGUAUAUAGUAUGUAUGACAACAUGGAAAAAACAGAGAGGCUUAUUAGUCUUCCCACAGUUAACCGGGGACUCUGCAGCAGAGCCAGCCAAAAAUUUGUCUGGUUUCCUAUCUUGGCCAUAAACCUCAAGGCUAAACUAAGAAUACAAGCAAAACAAUCUUGUGGGUUAAGGGAUUUUUGGAUUUGUUUUUGCUUUUUUUUGCAAUAUGCAUACGGAUGACCUGAAAUAUUACAUUUCCAAAAAUUUUUUGCCUGCCUUUCCUGUGUUUUGUUAGAAAUUUAGGAAGGUGCUUUGACUGCAGAAUAGCCCAUGACCUGGUGACAUUGUAACAGAUGAAAAGGACAGAAAAUGAGCACAAGGGCAGGAUAUUUUAGUCUUACAAUUCUGAAUUUCUUUCCCGGCUGGAUUCCUGUUUCAUUUAAAAAUGUCUAGCAAUGUUUGUGAGAAAAAACAAUGUUUGCUGGGACCGCUAAUGACUUUUCCCAAUACUAAGGGUGUGAGAAUCUGAGUUUCCUCCUAUUUUUUUGAAUAAAAUAUAAGAAGGAAAUGAAUGACCGUUAUAUAUAAACGUGGAAAAGCUUAA